AGCAGAGGCAGUAGAGACAGACCGCACUGUGAGCGAGUCUGUCUUUGUUAAAAGGUGUUGCGCUACAGCAGUUUCUGGUUAGCGCGCUGCCCUGGGUGUUAUGAGUGAAGAUCUCACACUGUUUUAAGCCUUUUGGUUCACGCCUUCCUCUCUAGUGUGUGUGUGUGCUGCUGAGACGAGCGGAAUCUCACUACAGAGGAAGAAGAGCUUCUCGUCGGGCGGCUGUUGCAUGGUUCGGACGAAUUACUCGGGAAAAACACAUCAUCUUUAUUUGCUUCUCUGCACUGUUCGGACAUCUACUCUAGAAGGUUCUGGACACACUUGAUGCUGGAUGGUGUAGCUUCAGCGCCGAUGGUGUUUCUUAACCUCCUGGGACGCUGAGAGGAUAUACUCUUUCCCUCUCUCCAUCUGUUUCUCUGUCCUUUUACGCGCUUCAGUAUGUCUGCCAUACAGACGAUCUGGCCUCCAGGCACGGAGUGUGUAGCCAAGUACAACUUCCCCGGCACGACCGAACAGGACCUUCCCCUGUGCAAAGGAGACGUCCUGACCAUUAUAGGAGUCACUAAGGACCCAAACUGGUACAAAGCCAAAAACACAGGGGGCCGAGAGGGGACCAUUCCAGCAAAUUACGUCCAGAAGCGAGAAGGGGUGAAGUCUGGCGGGAAGCUCAGCCUGAUGCCAUGGUUCCACGGCAAGAUAACACGUGAUCAGGCCGAGAGGCUGCUCUACCCGCCCGAGAUGGGGCUGUUCCUGGUCCGCGAGAGCACCAACUACCCCGGAGAUUACACGCUGUGUGUGAGCUCUGAGGGCAAAGUGGAGCACUACCGCAUCAUCUACCACAAUGGGAAACUCACCAUCGACGAGGAGGCGUACUUCGAGAACCUCAUGCAACUCGUCGAGCACUACACAAAAGAUGCGGACGGCCUUUGCACCAGACUCAUCAAACCCAAGCUGGAGGAGGGAACAGUAGCAGCGCAGGACGAGUUCUCUAGAAGUGGAUGGGCACUGAACCUGAAGGAACUGAAACUCAUUCAAACUAUUGGAAAGGGUGAAUUUGGAGAUGUCAUGGUGGGGGAUUACAGAGGUACAAAAGUAGCUGUGAAGUGCAUCAAACAUGACGCCACGGCACAGGCAUUCAUCGCGGAGGCCUCGGUUAUGACGCAAAUGCGACAUAAUAAUCUGGUGCAGCUGUUGGGAGUGAUCGUGGAGGAGAAAGGCAGCUUGUUCAUCGUCACCGAGUACAUGGCUAAGGGAAGCUUGGUGGACUAUCUCCGCUCCAGAGGACGAUCAGUUAUCGGAGGAGAUGUUUUGAUCAAGUUCUCCAUGGAUGUGUGUGAGGCCAUGGCUUAUCUGGAGGCUAACAACUUCGUCCAUAGAGACCUGGCAGCUCGGAAUGUCCUAGUGUCCGACGACAACAUCGCUAAAGUCAGUGAUUUCGGUUUGACCAAGGAGGCAUCGUCCACUCAGGACACGGCUAAGCUGCCCAUCAAAUGGACGUCCCCUGAAGCCCUGAGAGAAAAGAAAUUCUCCACUAAGUCAGAUGUGUGGAGUUACGGAAUAUUACUCUGGGAGAUCUAUUCCUUUGGCCGUGUACCAUACCCGAGAAUUCCUCUGAAGGAUGUGGUACCACGUGUUGAAAAGGGCUACAAGAUGGACGCCCCUGACGGCUGUCCCCCCGCCGUGUACGACAUCAUGAAGCAGUGCUGGACUUUGGAGCCGGCGAUGCGGCCCAGCUUCAAAAUGCUAAAAGAGAACCUGCAGCUCAUCCAAGAUAAACAGCUGUACCUGUGAGAGCAAGGACACGGAGACAGACUAACUCUGUGAGAGAGAGAGCACUGAGGACUGUACAGAACUCUACACACACUCUCUCUCUCACACUCUCAGAACAGCACUCAGUCAUCACACACUUGAAAAACAAGAGAUGUACAGGGAUAAUAUAGGAAUGGCCAAAUUGUUUAACGGAACCCCACUUCAUUUUUUAUUUCUUUUUUUAUUUCUUUUUUUAUUUCAUUUUUUUUUGUCAUUGUUCUUUUUCUUUGCUGUGCCUUCAUGAUUUGUUUUAUACAAUCGGAGAGGCUGGCCUUCUCUUGUGUAUUUGCCUUUUUUUUAAUUUAAUUUAUCUGUCUUCAGCCUCUUCUCAUUUGUUUGUCUUCAUCUUUCAGCUACUGUCUGACUGAGUCCCUUCAUACUAAAAUAGUCAUCAUUCUGUUAACCAUGUUUAUACCGGGCAGCAUUGUAAAGACCGAUUCCUCUGUAGGUUUGUGUGGACGUGCGAGCGUUUGUCUCCUCCUUGUGUCUUAUGUUUCUGGACCACUGGACUCUAACCUGCCCCUGAGCUGUUGCUGUUGUUUAGUUUUUAUCAUUCAGUGUUCACAUCCUGAGUUUUAAAUGUCUUUCAUUUGGUUAAAAACGGGUCUCCUUGUGAACCCAGGAAACGCCUCAACUUGAAGCAUGUGUGUACGCACAUGGUGGGAAACAUGGGUUGGGUUUGGGGGUGAUUUUGCUGAUUACAUUUUUGAUUCAUGGGGAAAAAAUUGAAUUUUGUAUUUAAACUGUAAGAACAAGAUGAAGAAGGAAAAUAUAUAGUUGUCUGCCUGUACAAGACUGAGGACUUUUUUUUUUGUUUGCAGUAGAAUAUUACACUUGUUCGAGGUGCCAAACUCUGGUUCUCUGCCUGUCCUGAGAUUUAAACUCAUAGCCUUCCAUUUCAUCAGCACCAAACCAUUAAAGGAAUAUACAGUGCCAUAAAAAAGUAUUUGCCCUCUUCCUGAAUUUUUUUAUUUUUUUUUGCAUAUACUGUAUGCCACACUUAAAAUUAUUCAGAUCAUCAAACAAAUUUUAAUGUUUAAAAUUGUUACAAAGAUAACCCGAGUUCAAACAAAAUGCAGUUUUUCAAUCAUGAAUUCAUUUAUUAAGGGAAAAAAGCAUUCCAGACGUACCUUGCUACACAAAUCAGGAAGGGGCAAAUACUUUUUCACAGCACUCGAUAGGCUCAUCUACAUUGUAAAGCAGGCUAUGAUUUCAAAUAUCUUCAUCAGGAAUCCUAAAAUAAAACCAUAUAAACCAAAAAAAAAAAAAAAACGGGAAUUUAGACUGUGUAUAAAUACAUUAAAGUUUAUAUGAUUGUAGUCCAAUGUUGCAUAGAUUAGCAAACAUUAUGCUGAAACGUACAGAGAUAUUCAUUUCAACCCUGACCAUAUGAUUAAAUUAUGCCAAUUUGUUCCAAAAUAACUUUGUCUAGUGCACAAUUAAUUGCAUAAAAUCAUUGACCUGUGCAAUUAUUUAUUCACAGAAGGCUGCAAUUUAUGAUGGGUAAUAUAUGCAUAGUCUGGAAUUUAUGUAGUCUGUCAAUAAUUUAAGUAUUUCUUUUUUUUAUAACGUUAUAAAAUAAAUAUUUUAUAAUAUAAAUGAGGUUAUAAAUAAAUAUUGGCAAACAUCCUCUUAAUGA